GGCAAUAGUUAGCAAUUCAGGUAAUCAAGAACUGAAUGCAACUUUUAAAGCAUUUCUCAUAGCUGAUUCCCUUCAGUCAUACUUAAAAACAAACAAAAACACUCUUUUCCUGAUAGAAUUCUCUGGGUCCUUGACAGCCUCUCAGAAGCCAGCAACUUUUCAACAAAGUUGCUGUGCUAGCGUUCAGUGAUGGAGGGAACGGGCAUUGUUUAAUUGUCUCCUCCUCCUUGGCGGUUUCCUUGCAGUAGCAGGAACUAAAAUGCAGUGGAAGAAGUGAGUAUCUGUGAGCACCUGCUGUGGCCAGGCACUGGGCUAGCCCCUGGGAAUACAAAAGCAAGCAGAGUCAGCCAGACCCCCAUCCUUAGGAACCUUCCAUCUCACUGGAAUUGAGAGAAUUAAGUGAAUUCAUUUCAAAAAGUUCAUGGAAAUGGAAUUAAAAGAGCUCGUGGUUACCUGAGCCUGCCUGCAGCGCUCCAAAUAUAUGAAGACACUUCGCAAAGUUCAUGGGCAAGUAGGAUUUCAAGGUGUUGACUUUAAGAUGAAGACCAUCGAGGUGGACGGCAUCAAAGUGCGGAUCCAGAUCUGGGACACAGCGGGGCAGGAGAGGUACCAGACCAUCACCAAGCAGUACUACCGAAGGGCCCAGGGAAUAUUUUUGGUCUAUGACAUCAGCAGCGAGCGGUCUUACCAACACAUCAUGAAGUGGGUCAGCGAUGUGGAUGAGUACGCCCCAGAAGGCGUCCAGAAGAUCCUGAUUGGGAAUAAGGCAGACGAAGAGCAGAAACGGCAGGUGGGCCGAGAGCAGGGGCAGCAGCUGGCGCGGGAGUAUGGCAUGGACUUCUAUGAAACAAGUGCCUGCACCAACCUCAACAUUAAAGAGUCCUUCACGCGGCUGACCGAGCUGGUGCUGCAGGCACACAGGAAGGAGCUGGAUGGGCUGCGGACACGGGCCAGCCAUGAACUGGCCUUGAUGGAGCCGGAGGAGGAGGAGGGCAAGCCCGAGGGCUCAGCGAACUCUUCUAAAACCUGCUGGUGCUGAGGGUCAUGCCUGGGGCGGCCCCACACGCACACCCCGUUCCCUCAGGAGGCCUGUGGGCAGCCAGGGAGGCCAGGCUCUGUCCCGCUGCCGGCCUCUCAUUCGAUAACCCUGUUGAGCAUCAGUAGCUGCUCCUCCCCUGCCUGGCCCCGAUGGGUGGCACUUCGUCCCCAGCUGGCCUCAGGCCUGCUCUGACCUGACCCCGUGUUGCUGGGCAUCUCAUUGCCCCCAGUACCCCAGGCUGGGGCCAAGGUUGUGGUCAGGGCUGCUUUAAAGCGCCUCCACGUCUGCUCCCUGCUCCCUCUCUCUGGCCCCCCUCUUGCUGUGGCCCCUUCCCCUCCUGUGUGUUCUGGGUCAAGGCCCUUCCCCACAACAUGUCCUGCUGUGGGCGACUGCAGGUGCAGCACCCCAUUUUAGCCCUGUCCAAGGGGAUGGACGUAGGCUCUGGGAGGUGACCCACCACUCUGCUCUGGAGUGAGCCCCCUAGCUUUGAGGGUUGCGGGGAGCUGAAGGCUUCAGGGUAUCUCUUCCUCCUCUCCUCCCCGCUUCCCCUGCUGUGCCAUGGGGAGAUGGAGCAACAUCAGGAGGACAUGCCACCUGCCGGGCCUCGAGCCCGGGGGCCCGUCCAUCCUACCUCCACCUGCUCCCCAACCUGAGCUCUGCCUUGCUCGGCUGCCUGCCUGCCUCCCUGUAAGUGAACUGUGCUUGGAGGCGGGUGCUUCAGAGGACACAAUGGCGAGGGGUGCCAAGGGGUCACCUCCAUUCUCUACCUCCCUUGUGGCGGGUAUAUAGCUCCUCCCCAACUCUGCCUGAGUCCCUGAAUUUAUAGAUAUGGACCAAAGCCCAAGGGGACUGCAGGAACAAGGAGAGGCCUGGGCCCAGGAGACUGUCAGGUAGCUGUGCACUGUGAACAGAGGACCAGCUCCUAGGUGACAAGGGCGGGGCGGAGUGGGCCACAGUGGGCCUUUGGCAAGGCCACAGGGUAUCCAGCCCCAUCAUUCUCUUCCUCAGGUUAGGAGAGCCCUCUGUGGACUUUCCUCCCUGGCAGAGGUGAGAGGUCAUGUAGUCAAACCAGUCUUCUCUCACUGAUCCCAGUCUCCCAGUUCUAAGGUUUUCCUGGGAAGAGGGCAAAGACUUUCUGGAAAGAAAGAGAGAGAGCCACUCUGAGCAGAAGUGCUUGGUGCUGUGAUGUGAGCCUUCAAGGCCAAGGGCCCACCUCUUCUGCUCGCUGGGCUUUGGCCCACUGCGCUGUGGCUACUGGUGAUGGGGAAGGAGAGAAGAGGACUCUUCUCCCAGAGUCUGAUGUUCUGGAAGCUUCUUUAACCCCCUAGGACCUAAGAGUAGCUGGAAGAAGCCCCUUCUUUCCCAUCCCAGGGUACAAGGGGUACAGGGUGAGAGGAUGCUGAAGGAUGAGGGCAGGAGCCAAGUGCAACACCUGGGGCUCAGAGCCAUCUCCAGCCAAGGACCCAUACCCCAGAACACACACAUGUGCAAGAGAGGCACCUCCUCUGGGACUCCUCCAGAAAAAGGGGCAGGGGUCACUUUGCCAGUCUUUCCUCCUGACUUUGUCAAACCAGGAGACAGGCAGCAGGAGAAGGCAUGGGCAGGGUAGCGUUGCAGAGGGCCAGGAGCGGCUGGUGAGAGAGCUGGAGACUGAGCUGUGCACCAUGCAGCUGGGGCCCCUCCAUGAGGACUGGCUGCCUGGGUACCCAGGCCUUUGCUGCGUCACAGGGGAUGAUGCCACCCUGCCCUCAGAUUGCCUUUCAGUAAGGGAGGCAGCAGAAAGGGUGUGGCUCACUCUAGGUGAUGAGGGUGGGGCGGAAUGCCAGCUUUCCCCAGAGAUGGGGCACAGCCUGUUGUCUUUCUCUUCUAACUUCCGCCUCCCCCAAGAAGAGGGAUGGUAUUUUUCUGUACCCGCAGGGUUCUGGAAAUGAAAACAUUGGGUAGAGAUGCUGUGGACACAUGAACCCUCUCCAUGAGGGCUGCCGCUGGCAACCAGAAGGUUAGGAUUUGGGGGAUGCAGCUGUUCUUAGUAGGCACGGGAGUGGGGCCUCGUAUCACCCUAAUCUGCAGUGCAGGAGCGGGGACUGGGUCCAGACUGGUGAGCAGGCUCCUGGACUGCAUCUUUGUCAUCACCUCUGCACCUGCUGUCUUGAGAGUUCAGCCAGCUCCCCAGGCACGCCACCUGCUCCCGAGCCCCUACCAUCUUCCCUGGGACAGGUGAACUUUGCGUGCCGUGUCUCGGGCCCCUUAUAGGAGUUGUGAGCAGGGUUCAUCUAUUUUAAACACAGAUGUUUACAAAAUAAAGGAUAUUUCAAACCACA